CAUUGUGAUAAAAGACCCAUAAAGUUGUCUAACAUGCGACCCAAAGACAAAUGAAUACGAGGCCAGCAGAAGACGCAAUCGAUAGUGUUGUGCUGACAGAAACAAUUGUUUCGUAAAGAGUUGUUUAAUAUUACACCAACGAAAAUGCCUAUGUGUGACGAUGGUGAAGUGGAAAAUGUGCGUGUAGUGGUGCGUGUGCGACCCCUUAGUGAAAAGGAAAUUGAAACAGGGUACCAACAGAUCACGAAAGUUGACACUGUCAACAAGACCAUCACCGUUGAAAAUCCACAGGCAGCAGAUGGGGAACCACCAAAGACUUUUACAUUUGAUGUUGUUUUUGACACAGAUUCAAGACAGAUGGAUGUGUAUAAUGAGACUGCAAGGCCAAUUGUGAACAAAGUGUUGAUGGGAUACAAUGGGACAAUUCUAGCCUAUGGACAAACGGGUACAGGGAAGACGUUCACCAUGCAGGGAGACUGCAUGGCUCCAGAACUGAAGGGAAUUAUCCCAAACUCAUUUGCUCACAUCUUUGGUUUCAUAGCCAAAGCAGCAGAACGUAAGAAAUUUCUGGUUCGUGUAUCACACAUUGAGAUAUAUAAUGAGGAAAUUCGGGACCUGCUGGGAAAGGACCAGACCGCCCACCUUGAGGUGAAAGAACGGCCUGAUAUUGGGGUAUACAUACGGGACCUCUCAGGGUACGUGGUAAACAAUGCUGAUGACAUGGAGCGAAUCAUGACUCUUGGAAAUAAAAACAGGGUGGUGGGAGCAACAGCAAUGAAUUCCCAGAGUUCUCGUUCACAUGCUAUCUUCACGAUUACAAUUGAGAAUGGGGAUGUGGGAGAAGAUGGCAAACAGCACAUCAAGAUGGGAAAGCUUCAUCUUGUUGAUUUGGCUGGAUCUGAGCGUCAGAGUAAGACCGGUGCCACAGGGAUGCGUCUGAAGGAAGCCAGCAAGAUCAACCAGUCCCUCUCCACACUUGGCAACGUCAUAUCGGCAUUGGUUGAUGGCAAAAGCACACACAUUCCAUACCGCAACUCGAAGCUGACGAGACUGCUGCAGGACUCCCUGGGGGGGAACUCAAAGACUGUUAUGUGUGCCAACAUAGGGCCGGCAGAUUUCAAUUAUGACGAGACCAUCAGCACGUUGCGCUAUGCAAACCGUGCCAAGAAUAUAAAGAAUCGUGCUCGCGUGAAUGAGGACCCAAAGGAUGCCCUGUUGCGACAGUUCCAGUCGGAAAUUGAGGAGCUACGGAAACAGCUUGAGGAUGUUGGUGUGACCCAUAAUGGAUUUGCUGCUGCUGAGAGUGAAAGUGACUUAAGUGAGGGCAACAAGGAUGGGGAGAAGACACCAAAAGAGGAGAAGGACGCUGGCUAUAACAAUCUGUUGCAAACAUUGGAUUGCCUAGAUGACCUGGAACUGCAGCUGAAGGAGAUUGACAAAGCUCCAGAGAAUGAAGCUGAUGAUGAGGAUGAUGGAAAAGAGAAUAGUGAUGAAGAGAAGCACCAAGUAGAACUGAAGAAGACACAGAGUGAACAUGAUGCUCUCAGGGAGAAGCUACUGACUCUGGAGAAGAAAAUUCUGGUUGGAGGGGAGAAUCUCUUGGAGAAGGUCGAGGUUCAGGAGCAGCUGCUGGAGGCAUCGGCCCGUGAGUUGGAGCAGCGCCGUUGCAAGGAGGAGCAGUUGCGGCAAGCAUUGCAACAGAAGGAGGCAGAGCUGAUUGACAUUGAGGAGCGAUACUCGACUCUGCAAGAGGAGGCAGCUGGCAAGACAAAGAAGCUGAAGAAAGUGUUUGGGAUGCUGAUGUCUGCGAAGGCAGAGCUAAGUGACUUGCAAUAUGAGCAGCAGCGUGAGAUGGAGGGGCUUCUCGACAGCAUCCGCAGUCUCACGCGCGAGCUGAAGCUUCAGGAGACAAUCAUCGAUGCCUUUAUCCCUCACCAAUACCAGGAGAUGCUGGAGCGGUAUGUGCACUGGAACGAGGACAUCGGCGAGUGGCAACUGAAGUGUGUUGCCUACACUGGCAACAACAUGCGCAAGACACUGCCCACUCAUUCUGCUGGUCAGGGACGGGAGCAAUAUCAACAACCAGAUCUGUCACAUGUAUAUCUCUCCUACUUGUCGGAUCGUGUCACCAACGCUGUGCGACCAACGCGGGCCAGCACGGCCAAAGGCAGGUCGGCUCAAGUGCACCGAUCUGGAGGAGCCAGACCUGCGUCGUACCGCAAACCCAGCGAUGUGUCUUAGAUGGAAUGUGAAGUCUCGGUAAUAUCUAGUCCACAUGGGCCUUCAUGGUCCUGUACCACCAUUAUGAAUCAUCACAUAUUUGAUAUCAUUGCAUUGUACCACUUAUUUAUUUGAAUUAAUACUACAUCAGUGAA